AUGGACCAAUUCCGUGGCCUGCACGAAGCCCUGAUCACGCCGAUGGACUUUUAUGUCUGGGGUCACAUUAAAGACUUAGUUUAUGUGACCCCAGUUAAAUCUCUGGAGGAACUGCGUGAGCGAGAGAAUAAAUGCAGCCGUACAAAUGAGAGGAAAUUUUUCAUCAAGAGUGACAAAAAUCGAAGUACAGAAGAAGUAUCCGGGCUUGCAUUCGUAAUCGAGGACAUCAUUUUGAGCAAUAUGUCUAACUAUUCUAUCAUUUACCAAAGACAGAAAGGAUCUGCUUUGUCACCAUUCAACGCUUCAAGUAAUAAUAUAGAUCAAAAUCUCCUAACAGUACAGAACGGUCUCAAUUUAUCCGAAUGGCAAAAUUUAUCAAAACCCAUAGAUAACUCUGAAUUAUCUACAGAUUCAUCUAUACCAUUAAAUGAUAUUAUUAAUAUUCCUCUAAAAAAUGAAGGCAGAGAAGAGAAUGAGAAAGGAACAGAAGGAAAGAGGGAAGAGAUAAAUAAAAUUUUAUAUGCACAUGCUGCUGUUGAACCGAAAAAUGUUACUCAAGGUGUUAAAAGUAAACAUAAUAAGUCUAUGAAAAACAACAAGAUUGGAAAAGAUCUUAAAGUUAAGACUACAACAUAUCCAAACAAAAAUACUAUACCACACGAAGCAAAACCAUCAAUAAUUGAAAUUAUGAACAAGAAACUGAAACUGAAUGCAACUAAUGUACAUAAUUUCGAUUUACCACCAUCUAUGAUACCAAUCUUUAAACACAGACAUAAUAUAGAACCAAAUUCUAUAGGAAACAGAGAAUUAGACCUUAGUUUUAUAACAGCAGAACCUAUUAUCGAACAAUCAAAUAUAACCACUGAGGCUAAUGCAGGUGCAUUAAAUCAUAAUGUGAACCUUACAGAUAAUAUGUUAACGGUUAAUAAUACUCUACAAAAUGCAUCUAAAUCGCCCUACAUAUUUUAUCUAUCAACUAAUAACAUUAACAAAGAUUCUAACAUUAAACCUAUUACUCCAGAAUUAACUACUGAUCUAUCAAAUCAUGAAAAUGGAAUAACAGAUCCUAAUUAUUUGACAACAAAAUUAAAUAUUUCCCAAAAUACACAAGUUAUAACAAAUGAAGGAAUAACUAAUGGAAAUGUUGAUACAAAUUUUAGAUUUGUGAAGUUCAUUCCAAUUGGACACUUACCAAACGCAGGUCUUAUGGCAAAUACUACUAAUAGUAACAAUGGACCUAAUAACAACAUACUAAGUUCUAACACUGUAUCACAAUAUCAGCAAAAUCCAAUUGAUUUAAAUAUUCCUAAACAUAAUGAGAACACAAACGCAAACCCGAACUCUAAUCCUAAAGUAGCAACUUUUAAUAUUCCUUGUCACACAGCAUCAGACGUCUUAAACGACGUACCAGUAAAUUCUGUCCCGUGUGCAAGUUUAACAGAAGCAAAUGUAGACUCUGUUAUAAAAGAAAUAAGUGAUAAUAUUCAAGCACAACAUUUAGAUGAGAAAGUUGCCAACUUGAAAAAUCCUGAUAAUUCUGUAGCAAUAUUGUUUAAAACGAAAGACAUAUCAUUACUCAAGUUGUAUGGUGAUUUAUUGAAGAAAAUUACAAUCACUGUUUUGGUGCCGUACCAUAUAUCAAAGUUAGGGCAAGAUACAUAA